GUUUGUUUUGUUAGGUGGCGCCGUAUGCGAACUGAAAGUCCGAGACGCCGCCGGCAACAAAAACCAUUUCGCCGCAAGUUUUCAGCGUUUUGCGAGCUAAUGCCGUCUCAAACUGAAUGUGUUCUGCAUCUGUACUGGGUCCGGAAUUAUCCGUCUAUGUAAGGAAACCUGACAGAAACAAGUUCUGUGCAAUCCUCACUUCACGGAGACAUGUCUAAAGCGAAGAAUCCUUCCGCUGAUGUCAUUUCUGUAACGGUGCCAGAGACAAGUGGACAGCGUGUCACCAGGUCAAAGUCACGGAGGGAAAAGGCAACGACAAGCACGAUUUCUGAGGGAAUUCGCCAGAAUAACCGCACAGAUGGUCGUGCCUCUGAUCAGCGAGAUGGUGUGGUUACCAAGACCCUCCGGUCUAAUCAGCGGGGGAAGAAAGUGCAAGUACCAGAAAGCAGUCUGAUCAAUAAAAGCACAGAUAAAAGAAUCACUCCACCGGCAAAAUUUCAUCCCAGCCAAAGCAAUGAGACAGAGAAAACCAGCUCGGCGCACCCCUCAGCAAAAAGAAAGACUCGGAAGAAGCAUUCACCACCUACUUCUGGUUCCGAGGCAGUCCAGAGUUCGAGUCGACUCGGCACCAGGAAAAGGCCGUCAUCCGAAAAGGAGGCUCUAGGGAGCAGUGCAUUGAAGGAAGGCAGGCAGGAUGUCCAGACAAAUGCUCGCACAUUGAAACACCAGCACGUAUCGGCCAAUGCACAAACGGACAGUCGGAAGUCUACACUUCAGGCAAGCCUAGGUGAUGCAGAGACAAGCAGUCCUGUUCGUGAGAGACGCAGCGACAGGAAAAGAACUGCGCAAGCACUUCCUCAUCAGGAGCCCUCCAAAGAGGGAGAGAGUUCAGCUCUGCCGCCAACAGAGAGAAGGAAAUCUAAAGAAAAGCGGCCUUCGUCAAAGGCUGCUAACGCUGAUUCAGUCCCAAGCUCGAGCAGAGCUGAAACCAUCGCCACGCGAUCGAGUUCACAGGAAGAGCAAUCUCUUGGGGGUGCUGCCUCUAAUCAAGUUCGGCAUGCAUCAGACAAUGCACUAACGGACAGUCGGAAGGCUACACCUCAAACAAGACUAGGCGAUGCGAAGACAAGCAGUCCGGUUUGUGAGAGAAGCAGCGACAGGAAAAGAACUGCGCAAGCACUUCCUCAUCAUGAGCCCUCCAAAGAGGGAGAGAGUGUUUCAGCUGAGCCGCCGACAGAAGGAAGGGAAUCUAAAAAAAAGCGGCCUUCAUCAGAGGCUUCCAACGCUGAGGCCCUCCCAAGCUCAAGCAGAGCCAAAACGAUCGUGACGCGGUCAAGUUCACAGAAAGAGCAGUCUCUUGGGGGUGCUGCCUCUAAUCAAGUUCGCCGGGAUGUGCAGACAAGCGGCCACGCCUCAAAUGAACAGCACACGUCGGGUGGCUCUCUCAGUCGCAGUCUCAGGUCCAGACACCAAGCAGACGGUGGAACAAAUCCUCAGGUAGGCAGACCCGUUCCCGAAGGCAUAGCUGGAACCUCAAGCCAGCCUCCUCAACCGCUCCGCCACAAGAUGGACAGGGAGAAGUUGCGGGCCAGACCUCGCCACUAUCCAAAACGGAAGUCACCUCGCGAGCCAGUCUUUGUUAUUGAGGACAAGGAAUCCUUCCAUCGCACCAUGUCGCCAAGCUCAAGAGACAAGGUGGACGCUUCCCUGCACCUGUCUCCUGUCCCUCUCUCUACCUUGCCAGAAGAAAGCCAUGUUGGAAAGUUAGGUUUUCAUUGGUACGAGGUGACGUUUGGCGCGCUGCCUGGACGUACUAGGGUGGCUGAACUAGAAGAAGCUGACGACACCGACAUCAAGUCCCUGCACUGGAUGUCGGAUAACGAGUGGUCAACCGACGCUCAUCAAACGGAGGAUGACGAUUCUUCCGACGUAAGCAGUGGCGGCGAUCUGUCACCUCUUCCUUGGGAAGAGGACACGUUUAAGCUUAGCGGACAGUCCAGCCAAGAUCAGGAACCAGGUGAAAAUACGAAGGGCCUGGACCACUGCCAAAAAGAUGCCCGAAGAAGGAUGCAGGCAUACCUUCCAGGCGUCCGAGUGACAAAGAAAGCGUGGGACACCAUCUACCAGUGGCAAGGCCACUUUCUGGAGAAUAUGGGACAGUCCUUGGAAGCCAUGGCCCAGCGUGCAGGUCACGACAGGAUUGAGGAAGAGGACGUGGUCUGGUACAUCCACAGAUACCUGGGCACUGCGGACCCCUAUAAGCUGUGGGCCCUGGCCGAUGAACUGCUGCCUGCUGAACUUCGGCAGCGUCUCUAUCCAGCUCCUCCAUGUAUCCUGGCCUCCGAGUCCCCCGAGUGAUGAUGCCACGUCAUUCAAGAAACUGGCACACGCAUGUGCUGGUGCAAAGCUUGGUGUCCUCGUGAAGCACAACGUGCUGAGAAGUGUAAAAAGAGAUAUUGUACCUAGUAUUCUCUAAUUGCCACGGCAUGCUUUUUACUACUGUCAGUGGCACAACAAAUGGACUGACUACCCUGUGACAUGCAUUGUUUUUGUUAGUGCUAACAUCAUUUUAUUUAAUAACUCGUGUAGAUUGUCGUGAUCACUGUGUCCCUUUUAUCUUUUAAUUUCACUCUCUGACAAGUGUAUAAUAAAUUUUAUUUUCUAAUGACGCAAAA